GGAGAAUGAGAAAUUUGGCCUGCUUACUCAAUGCUCCAGCACACUGGUUAAGGACUUCUGAGUAAGAACAUGGAAGGGAUUCAUUUUGGGAUGACUUUAAAAUUACAAUUAGGAACCACCGCUGCAAUGUGACAGAUCUUCAUUUCCAUCAACAAAGAAACCUCUCUCCUGACACUAUGAUGAUGCUCUGAGAGUCCUAUGGCUUACUUCAUAUAAGGUAAACUGGCAUUUAAAGUUACACAGCGAGGAAACCGUUCUACCUGCAUGUGACAAUCCCAAAGGACAUCGAUCAAGAAGCAGGGGAGUGACUUGGUCUUCUGCACUGUUCUGCUCCUACCCCGAUUUUUUUAGGGGAAGAGAAGGAUUUUCCCAGACCAAGAAUCCGUUGCCCCCCACGUUUCGGAAGGGGGCUGAAGACUUGUCACCCAUCCGGGGGUGCAUGAAGGGUAGUGGUUUUCUUUCUCUCUUAACUUGGUUCUCUGAAGGGUUGGAAGAGAAUUUUGCCUUCCUGGCUUGCCUGGAAGAAGAGGAUGAUUUGGAAAUGGCUGGGCGCUUUGCUGCUUUUCCCCGUGCAGAUGGUUUAUUUGGUGGUGAAAGCUGCCGUGUGCGCGGUGCUGCCGCCCAAGCUCCGGGACCUGUCCGGGGAGAGCGUGCUCAUCACCGGCGGGGGCCGGGGCAUCGGCCGCCACCUGGCCAGGGAGUUCGCGAGGCGAGGAGCCAGGAAGAUCAUCCUGUGGGGUCGAACUGAGAAAUGCCUGAAGGAGACCACAGAGGAAAUCAGGAUGAUGGGGACAGAAUGCCAUUAUUUCAUUUGUGAUGUAGGAAACCGAGAGGAGGUCUAUCGGCAAGCCAAAGCUGUGCGGGAGAAGGUGGGUGAUAUCACUAUCCUAGUGAACAAUGCUGCUGUGGUCCAUGGUAAAAGCCUGAUGGACAGCGAUGACGAUGCACUGCUCAAAUCACAACAUAUAAACACCCUGGGACAGUUCUGGACCACCAAAGCAUUCCUGCCAAGGAUGCUGGAGUUGCAGAAUGGACACAUUGUUUGCUUGAACUCUGUCCUAGCCCUGUCAGCCAUCCCUGGUGCCAUUGACUAUUGCACCUCCAAAGCCUCGUCCUUUGCCUUUAUGGAGAGCCUGACCUUGGGGCUGCUAGACUGUCCUGGAGUGAAUGCCACAACAGUCCUGCCCUUCCACACGAGCACAGAGAUGUUUCAGGGCAUGAGAAUCAGGUUCCCUAAUCUUUUUCCUCCUCUCAAGCCAGAGACUGUGGCUAGGAGGACAGUAGAAGCCGUGCAGAUGAAUCAAGCCUUCCUGCUCCUUCCAUGGACGAUGCAUGUUCUUGUCAUCCUAAAAAGCAUUCUCCCUCAGGCAGCACUUGAAGAAAUCCACAAGUUUUCUGGAAGCUACACCUGCAUGAACACUUUUAAAGGCCGAACAUAGACUUGGUGGUGGAAGGACUGUUCUUCAGUGAAACCAACACAAGCAUGAAAAUCCUGACAAGACUGUGAAUCAGCAGUCUUGGCUUUUAGCCUGUUCAUGUGACUUGCGCUGCUUUGAGGCAACACAUUUCUUGCAGGUCAUAUCCAUAGUAACAUGACCUUUGCACAGGAUUGAAUGACUAGACUAUGGACCCUUGGAAAGAAAAAACAAAAGCGUGAAAUGUUUAUAUGAUGUUUAAUUCUUUAGAGUUCAAUUGUUAAAUCUACUUAUAGGUUUAAGAUGUAAUUUUUGUUUUAAAGUGUCUGUAAGCUGUCUCAGCUGAGAGGCAGCACAUCACACCCCAGACUUUAUACGUUCUCUUCAGAGGAACUGCAAUUGCAAAUUGAUUAUGAUUUCAUUUCAGCUUUUUGAAUGGGAAACUUAAAAAAUAGUUUGAAGAACUACAAGUUAUAGACAUUUAAUGGAAGCUUCCUUCCGUUCCUUCACUUUACGUUGAUCAAGCUCCUGUCAAGGAAGGAGCAAGCUGUGGAGCAAACUGCUGUUUUCUUUGUUAAAGGCCACCCAGAUCUUCUCUCAGAAGGACUGUUCUGUGUCCAGGAAACCUGUCUUACUGCACCUGUGAAGGCUGGAGAGGGAUGCUCAGUCAGGAGAGCAUACAGUUUGAAUAGUGGAAGAUUCCAUCAAUGAGCUCAUAUAUGAAAUUUAAUUGUCUUUCUGAUUAUUUUUGUUCACUUAUGAUGAAAAUAUAUCUAUUUUUAGCAUUAAUCCCAGAUUGCCACGCAUGUAGGCAGCAUCAGAUUGGGAAGGAACUAAAUCUAGAACUACAGCUAGAGCCUGCCUGUACAAACACAAAUUCACUGACAAUCCAUAGAGAGUAAAAUCCAUUGUAUCAAUCUGCACAAUGAAAUAAGUGGAAUAAUUCUCUGAAAAUAGAAGAGACAGUACUGUAGUGCUCAUGAAAUGUGAAGUUUGGAAGCACAGUUAGCAAAGAUCUGAUUAAAUGCACGUUGAAUUCAACUGGGAA